AGUUUUACUGCUUACUAUGUUUAUUACCAUUUUGAUGCCGGAUGCGUAAGGCUUGAAUACAGAGUUUGCGAAUUAAAAUAAUAAGUGCUUUGUGUUGCGUUCAUCUUUUGUGCUGCAAGUAUAAUUAAAAAUAAACAAAACUGUGCUCCAUUUGACUUCAUCGCAUCGGAUGCAUGAACUGAGUGAAUAUUUCCCAAAAAGCAAACUAAAACGUGUUUUGUCUUACUAUCUGAACACUACGAGGCAUUUGAAAAUUUUGAUUUUUUCAUACCUACUGAGUUGUUUUGUCAUGGCUGAACCGAAUACUAAUACUAUGGUCGCUGGCAAUGAAGAGCUUUUUGCCAAUGGUUUGGAAAAUUUCGGCAUAAAAUUGUAUGCAAACUUGGCGGCAAGUAAUCGCGGAAAAAAUUUAAUUUUCUCACCAUUCUCUAUACAAACUUGCGCGGCCAUGGCUCGCUUAGGAGCUGAAGGCUCUACGGCCACGGAACUGGACCAAGGUUUAAAUUUAAUAACGGAUGAUCUUAACGCAAUGGCUGAUUUAUAUCACAACGUUUUAUCGCAAUACGAGAAAAGCGAUAUAUUGAAAAUUGCUAACAAAAUCUAUGUUCAGAAAGACCACGAAAUUCAGGAUGAAUACAACAAGUUAUUGAAUGAAAAGUUUUUCUCGAAAGCGGAAGAAAUUAAUUUCUCCGCAAACGUAGAAGCCGCUAGAGCUAUUAACUCUUGGGUAGCGUUAAAAACUAACAAUCGUAUACAGGAUUUAAUAUCAUCUAGUAGCUUAAGCAGCGAUACGCGCUUAAUUUUGUUGAAUGCAAUACAUUUUAAGGGUGAAUGGGUCCACAAGUUUCCUGAGAGGUCGACACGUGACAAGGAUUUUUAUUUAGAUGAGAACAAUACCAUUAAAGUACCAAUGAUGCGCGUUGAGCAACGUUUCCGCUAUGGCUCUCUGACGCAAUUAGAUGCUACCGUUUUAGAAAUGGACUAUAAAGAUUCGGAUUUAUCAAUGUUGAUAAUUUUACCCAAUUCACGAACAGGCCUAAAAGACUUGGAGGAGAAGCUGAAAACGACAUCUCUAAAGGAAAUCAUGAGUGUUAUGUUCGCCACUAAAGUGAUAGUUGAAAUACCUAAAUUCAAGGCCGAAUUUGAAGUUGAAUUGCAAGACGCUUUCAAACAGUUGGGUAUCAGCCGUAUGUUUGGCCCACAAGCUGAGUUUGGUAAAAUGUUGAAGUCCGCAGAACCUUUGCAAGUAUCAAAAGUCGUCCAUAAAGCUUUCAUAGAAGUAAAUGAAAAAGGCACUGAAGCAGCUGCCGCAACUGGAAUGUGUAUCCGUCAUUGUUCAUUUGUGCCGGAGCCGAAACUAAUAAUGUUUAAGGCGGAUCAUCCAUUUUACUAUUUUAUUAUUAUUAGCGGAAGAAUUGCAUUAUUUCAAGGAGCAUUAAAUGGUUGUUAAUAAAAAUGAAAAUUAAAUAAUUAAGAAAAAAAAAAAAAAUUCAUUCGUAUUUGUUACGCAUGGCAUUUUAUUUCAUACAAUCAUUCAUUUCAUAUAGAUUUCAUAUUGAAUCUCACAAAGCACAAGUGCCAAGUUUUAAAACAUAAGACUAGUCAUACAGUGUCGUCGACAUGUGCAUGCGGUUAUAAAUUUCCAAAAAGGGACAAACUCCUAAAGUUAGCAAAUUUAUGUGCGCGGAACAAGCUUCAAACUCUGCUUAGCCCACAACCGGAACGAGGAAAAUACAUUUAGAAGGAGAUGAAAAUUUGGAAAUUGGCGGCCUUUUCAUGGGAAGAUCAAACAUGCUUUG